GAGCGGCACAAUCACGGCUGGGGCGGCGAGCGGGGCCCGCCCGCUGCCCGCGGCCCCCGCUCCGUCCGCAGCGCCCCGGCCCGCACAGCCCCGCCAGCAUGGCCGGGGCCAUCAUCGAGAACAUGAGCACCCGCAAGCUCUGCAUCGUCGGGGGCAUCCUGCUCGUGCUCCAGGUCAUCGCCUUCCUGGUGGGAGGGCUCAUCGCUCCCAGCCCCACGACAGCCGUUCCCUACAUGUCAGUGAAGUGCAUUGACGUGAGGAAGAACCACCACAAAACCAAGUGGCUGAUGCCCUGGGGACCCAACCACUGCAAGAAGCUGAAGGACUUUGACGAGGCCGUGAGCCGGCAGAUCGAGGCCAACGACAUCGUGUUCGCCGUGCACAUCCCGCUGCCCAGCAAGGAGAUGAGCCCCUGGUUCCAGUUCAUGCUCUUCAUCAUGCAGCUGGACAUCGCCUUCAAGAUGGACAACGACCUCAAGGAAAACGCAGAGAUCACCCUGGAUGUGUCGCUGGCCUAUCGUGACGACAUGUUCGAUGACUGGGAGGAAAUAGCACACGCCAUAGAGAUCAGGAAGCUGAAGUGCACCUUUGGCUCUCCAAAAACGGUGGAGUCCGAGGGCCGUCACUACGACUGCGACUUCCUGCCCUUCAUGGAGAUCGGCAGCGUGGCACACAAGUACUACCUCAUCAACAUCCGCCUGCCCGUCAACGACAGGAAGGGCAUCAACGUGGGCAUCGGCGAGAUCAAGGACAUCCGCCUCGUGGGCAUCCAUCAAAACGGAGGCUUCACCAAGGUGUGGUUUGCCAUGAAGACCUUCCUGACGCCCAGCAUUCUGAUCAUCAUGGUGUGGUACUGGUGGAGGAUCACGCUGAUGACACGUGCCCCUGUCCUGCUGGAGAAGGUCAUCUUUGCUCUGGGAAUUUCCAUGACGUUCAUUAACAUCCCUGUGGAGUGGUUUUCCAUCGGGUUUGACUGGACUUGGAUGCUGCUCUUCGGAGACAUUCGACAGGGCAUCUUUUAUGCCAUGCUGCUCUCGUUUUGGAUCAUCUUCUGCGGGGAGCACAUGAUGGACCAGAACGAGCGGAAUCGGCUCUCGGGCUACUGGAAGCAGGUUGGGCCCAUUGCUGUGGGCUCCUUCUGCCUCUUCAUCUUCGACAUGUGUGAGAGGGGAGUGCAGCUCAAGAACCCCUUCUACAGCAUCUGGACCACCGAGGUGGGCACGGAGCUGGCUAUGGCCUUUAUUAUAGUUGCAGGGAUCUGCCUGUGCCUCUAUUUUCUCUUCCUGUGUUUCAUGGUCUUCCAAGUGUUCAGAAACAUCAGUGGGAAGCAGUCGAGCCUCCCUGCCAUGAGCAAGGCUCGCCGCCUUCACUACGAGGGGCUGAUUUUUAGGUUCAAGUUCCUGAUGCUCAUCACCCUGGCCUGUGCAGCCAUGACCGUCAUCUUCUUCAUCGUGAGCCAGGUGACAGAAGGCCACUGGAAGUGGGGGGACAUGACAAUCCAGGUGAACAGCGCCUUCUUCACCGGCAUCUACGGCAUGUGGAACCUGUACGUGUUUGCCCUCAUGUUCCUGUACGCGCCGUCCCACAAGAACUACGGCGACGACCAGUCCAAUGGUGACCUGGGGGUGAACAGCGGGGAGGAGCUGCAGCUCACCACCACCAUCACCCACGUGGACGGGCCCACGGAGGUGUACAAGCUGGCUCGGAAGGAGGCUCAGGAGUGACACGGAGGUGCCUCAGCAGGGACCGGCCUGGGGUGGGGAGCAGAGGACACACGAGUCCCUCUGGCUGGAGACCCCUCCGGCCGCAUCCGCUCCUCGAGCACCCCGUCCCUGGUGCGUUCACAGAGCAGCGACAGCGAGCGGAACAUUUGUAACUCUUUACUAUGGUGUAGUUAUUCCUGGGGGGAGGGCUGUGUAUAUUGUGUUACACUCGGGCACGUAAACCCUGCUGGAAGGGCACUGAGGUUGCAAAGUCGCAGGUCCGGACGUGGGGCUGGGGCAGAGCUGCAGUGGGGCUGGUUUGAUUUUGCUGGGUGUGCUGGUGCAUAAAGCUGCUGCAGGGAGCUCGGGCAGGAGCACGUGCUCAGAACUCCGGGUUUGCUCCUGUGU